CGCCGGGCGGGCGGAGCGGCGGCGGCGGCGGCAUGGCCGAGCCCCGCGGGGCUGCGGGACCUGCGGCGCGGGGAGAUACCGAGUGUAUUUUGGAGCCUCUUUCUCUGCCAGAAAGUCCAGGUGGUGUUGAUGCAGUAGAAAGUUCUCCCUAUGUGCCUUGUAUUUUCUGCAAAGAAUGCUAUGUCUUAGCAGAACAAAACCAGCUCCUGAAGCACAUGAUUAUUGAGCACAAGCUCGUCAUAGCAGAUGUGAAACUGGUGGCAGAUUUUAGAAGCUACAUUCUGUACUGGAAGAAGAGGUUUGCAGAGCAGCCUGUCACAGACUUUUGUAGUGUGAUAAGAACAAAUUCAAAAGCUCCAUUAGAGGAACAGGACAAUUAUUUUCUUUUAUGUGAUGUUUUACCAGAAGACCGAUUACUCCGAGAACAGCUUCAGCAAAAGAGACUGAGAGAAAUUCUAGAACAGCAACAACAAGAGAGAUAUGACACAAGUUUUCAUAGUAUGUGUAUGUUCUGUGAUCAAGAAUUCACAGGGAACAGAUCUGUUCUUCUCAAUCAUAUGGCAAGAGAGCAUGCCUUUAACAUUGGGCUGCCAGAUAACAUUGUGAACUGCUGUGAGUUUUUGGCUGUAUUGCAGGGGAAGCUUGACAACUUGCAGUGUUUAUACUGUGAAAAAGUCUUCAGAGACAAAAACACACUUAAAGAUCACAUGAGAAAGAAGCAGCAUCGCAGAAUCAAUGCCAAAAAUAAAGAAUAUGACAAAUUUUAUAUCAUUAAUUACUUGGAAUUUGGAAAGUCCUGGGAGGAAGUGCAGUCAGAAGAUGACCGGGAAUUACUAGAUAACCUGGAAGAAGAUUGGUCUGACUGGGAAGAGCAUCCUGUAUGUGCAGUUUGCCUGUUCUGUGAACAACAAGCUGACACCACAGAAAAACUGUAUCUUCACAUGCAGAAAUCACAUGGAUUUCACUUUCCUAAAAUAAAGUCAGAGAAUGGUCUGAACUUCUAUCAGCAAGUAAAGCUAGUGAAUUUCAUCAGAAGAGAAAUCCAUCAUUGUCGUUGUUACAACUGCCAGGAGAAAUUUGAAUCCAAAGGAGGAUUGAUAAGUCAUAUGGAAGAGACCAAACACAUUGCAUUCCUGCCAGCCAGGUCUACAUGGGAUCAACCACAGUAUUAUUUUCCUACCUAUGAAAAUGAUACACUCCUGUGUACACUGUCAGACAGUGAAGAUGCAAAAGCUGAGGAUCCAAGUGAAGAAGUGCCUGUUGUAGGUGAAGAUAUAUCCAGUCUAAAAGCUCUCAAACAGAGCAGUGUUUUAAACCAGCUUCUGUGGAAAGAGAGCAAGAGUCAGGAGAAAUUUUGACCUGGAAGUACAGUGGCUGUCCUUUAGUGCUUUUUUUGCAAGACCAAAAAAAAAAAAAAAAAGUUAUUUCAAUACUAUUGGAAUACAGUUAAACCCACAAAUGAUAUCAUCAUGGGACAAAUACUAAAAAAUGAAUGCUAAAUAAAAAUAUAAGUGUUAA